UCAGACUCCAAAUGUAACAUAAUUAUGCAUGAAUCACAAGGAACAAAUUCCGGCAAGAACCCUUUUAUUUAUUGGUAAAGAUGAUGGUUUUGGUAUAAAAGAGAAGAGAAAAACCAGACGAAUUAAUGGGGGCCUGGUGGAAUUAGUUGUGUAAGCCACUAAACUAGACAAGCAGCCGAGACAAAGGUCUCUCUUUCCACGCAUCUUUUUUUUUUAUUCCAUAAUUCCAUUUCUUAAUAAAUUAUAACAUCUUUGCUACUGUUAAAGUUUGGAUUGAGAAUCAAAAUCAAAAUCAAAAUCGAAGUUUCCAUGUAUAAUCACCACCGCCACUUCCUCCUCUCAUAUAUAUAUAUAUAUAUCCUUGUUGAGUUCAUCUUUCUGUGUCUGGGUAUUUCUAAGAAGUUGCAUAUUGUUCAGUAUGUCUAAAGUUUAUCCGACUGAGCACAAAUAUAGUCAUCAUUUGUUGAUGUCGAAAGAGAAAGUAGUUGAGGAGGAAGAAGAAGAUGAAGUAGUACGUCGUUGUCCAAGUACGCUGACAGUAUGGAAGAGAUCCAGCAUGAGUUUCCAAGGGACUGAUGGAUUCACAGUGUUUGAUCGCCAUGGGAGAUUGGUUUUCAGAGUUGAUAAUUAUUCAAGAAAUAAAGCAGCUCGUCUUCUUCUCAUGGAUGGAGCUGGAAAUGGUUUACUGUCUCUGAAACCCCAGAUGUUAAGCAUGCAAUACCAGUGGAACGCAUACAGAGAAGAAGGAGAAGAAGGCAGUUAUGGAAAGAGGUCGAGAGUAUUUUCAAUGAUGAGAAGAUCGCCGGUGUUCUUCCACAACGGCAAAGAUGAAGCGGAGGUUUACAUGGGAUCAGGGCGGAGUAAAAAAGCUCAGUCGAAUACACCAGAUUUCACCAUUGAGGGGUCUUUCAGGAGAAGAAGUUGCAAGAUAAAGAAUGCAAAUGGAGAAGUGACAGCGAAGAUUGCUCGGAAGAGAGUCAACUCAACGAUUUUGCUAAGCGACGACGUGUUCAGCCUAAUUGUUCAGCCUGGUUUUCCCACUCAUCUGGUUAUGGCGUUUGUAAUAGUAUUGGAUCGCAUCUGCAGCAAGCCAUUUGCUCCAGUAUUUUGCUCAUAAUUCAAUUUUCAUCAACCAAUCUUAUUGUACUUAAAAGAUUAAUAUUAAUAAUAA